AUCGGUUCUCCAAUUCGUCUUUGUCAUAGCAAAAUUGUCCAAAGCGUGAGAAGAGUUGAGACAACCAAUCAAAUCUCCAACAAUCAACACAGAAGAAGAAGAAGAAGAAGAAACAGCAUAAUGGAUGUCAGGCUAAUGGGUUUCGAUGGUCCUUUAAUCUCGACGCUGCAACACAUGUUGGACGGCUCCUACGAUGCGGAUAAGUCCUUUAACGCUCCCACUCGAACUUAUGUCCGAGACGCCAAGGCUAUGGCUUCCACCCCUGCAGACAUCAAAGAGUACCCCAACUCAUACGUCUUCAUCAUCGACAUGCCAGGUCUCAAGUCCGGUGACAUCAAGGUUCAGGUUGAAGACGACAAUGUGCUUCUCAUUAGCGGAGAGCGAAAGCCAGAGGAGGAGAAAGAUGGGGCAAAGUAUGUGAGGAUGGAGCGCAGGGUGGGCAAGUUCAUGAGGAAGUUCGUGUUACCUGAGAAUGCCAACACAGAAGCCAUCUCUGCCGUCUGCAAGGACGGUGUUCUCACCGUUACAGUCCAGAAGCUACCUCCGCCUGAACCCAAGAAGCCCAAGACCAUCGAGGUCAAGAUCGCCUGAGGAUUUCAUUUUCUGGGCUUCUAUGUUAUG